UUUAGGUUGCAUCCCAUAUAGCUUUGCAAUGGCUAUCAAAUGCUUUCUUUGCGGAGACAUGGUGGAAAGAGAUUUCGCUACACGCACUUCCAAGAGUAGGAUCCACAACGCAAUUAUUCUAUCUACGCUUAGUAUCUACUCAUCAAUCAAGCCAGAAGUGGCGAAAAGUUGCUUUCCAAUCAUGAACACAAGAAAAUACAUCUGCCUAAUUCAUUGCACAGAUGCUGCGCAAUAUCUUCUCGCAGAAGUACUGCGGAGCGGCGGGGCAUUGUCCGAAACGCUAGAACGUAUUCCAUACAUGAAUCAGAACGACGUUUUUGAGCAUAUUCCAGCUCUUCUGAAUGAUGCGAUAGGAUUGUUUGCAGACGACGUCAUCGUGAGCAGCUACGAUGUGACACGUUAUCUGAAUGAUUACCUGAAGAGGUUUUACGUUCAUGGUAGGUGGUGUACUUCUCCGGCAACCGGUCUGAUGGAAGACUCACUAGAGCCAUUCACGCAGCAGACAACAUCAAACAAUAGUCUCGCUGAAUCGCAUGACUGUCAGACUGGAGCACCACCUGUAAAAAAGCGUAACUUAGGAUCUCCAGUCAGGUUUUGUACAUCGCCUGCGGAAAAUAAGUCAGAAUCCUCCACAGAAACAACGUUUAAGGAUGGUUCUUUCUUUUCACUUGAUGAGCUGCAAGCUGACUGCGAAGUGCCUGAACUCGAAGAGACUGAUCCAGCUUUGCUGGACAAAGAUUUCGUUAUCAAAGGCAGAAAGCUUCUAGAGCUGUUCAACCUUAACAGAUGCGGAUGCAGCGACGACCAUGAAGCUGGAGUUGGCAGAGACCCAAGCUCAAACAGUGGGAAGGACAAGAAGACCCGGAACCCGCUCUGGAGGAGAAGUUAUGCAAUGGGGAACAUCGGCAGCUAUGAUUAUUGCAUAGAAUGAAGCUCUGAACAGAGAACUGAUCUGCUUCUGCUCCUCGACCUACCAGUUACAUCCAUUAUAAAGAGGCCGUCUGGAAAAGAGAGAUGCAGGACGGACGAACUCGGAUCAUUCAGCAAAUCAGAAACGUCUGCAAGAUCCACGGCCUGACCAAAGCAGAACAUCACGCUCAAUAGCGACAGUCUUGGAACAAAGAGAAUCUCAGCUUCCUUUGGUCCAUAGAAGGUGCUCCGUUCACAAAUGUGUUGUGUUUUUGAUGUCACCUGCAGUUGUUACUAGAGAUGGACCACAGUUAAACGCAUCAGGAAGCACUUCUCUGAUAGUUUACGAAUUCUUCAGUCUUUUGUUAGCCAUCAUGAUCAUUACGAGAAUUCUUAGCCUUGCACUGUGCAAAGAUUUGAGCCGUACUCAUCUACCUACAUGUUUCAGUUUGCAAAAGUUUUUCUAAUUAAGAAAAUGGACAUUGGGAAAAGUUUUAGCCGCUUCAUGAGUGCUUUGCUGAUUGCUCUGUUGUUUACUUGUAUUCUGUUUCUUGUUGUUUUUGGUAGUAAAGCAG